AUGACGACUACAGUGCCCAAAGUUUUUGCUUUCCACGAGUUCACAGGGGUGGCAGAGGCCGUUGCAGACCAUGUUGUGAACGCACAGAACUUGGCACUUUCCAAAGAGCCCUUUGCCAUUCGAAAUGGCGGUGGCGCAAGUGGCAGCGGAAGUACUCAAGCGGCCAAUGGGUCGCUGGCAGUGCCACAAUUGUCGGGGCACGUGUCGCGUCAGGCCAGCACCAGAAGCAUAUCGGGUCGAGAGCCCAGCACGCCUGCAAGCGGGUCGUCAAAUCCUAAUAUUCGUUCUCCCAGUAGUAGCAAGCUGAAAAAAAUCAAGGAGAAACGAUUCAAAAUUGCACUUUCCGGUGGGUCCCUCAUCCAAGUUUUGCACGAGGGCCUUUUCAAGCGACAGGAUGUGCAAUGGGGCAAGUGGGAUAUCUAUUUUGCAGACGAAAGACUGGUGCCCUUUGACUCGCCGGAGUCGAAUUUUGGGCUCACGAAACGCAAAAUCCUCGACCUUAUCGACACCGCGACUUACGGCUCGCCCCGUGUCUUUCACAUCAAUGAAGCGCUGAUCGAGGAUCCUCAGGAAUGUGCCGAUGACUACGAAAAAUUGCUGAUAAAGGGCUUUGCUGGCAGAGACUCUGUGAAACUUCCGAUGUUCGACCUUUUCCUGCUGGGGUGCGCACCCGAUGGCCACAUCGCGUCAUUAUUCCCCAAUUUCCAAGAAAACCUCAGAGAAAAUUUGGCAUGGGUGGUCUCCGUCACCGAUGCACCCAGCGGGCCCUCGAACAGAAUAUCGUUAACUAUCCCAGUUAUUUGCCACUCUCAUCAGGUCACAUUUGUGGUGGAGGGCGCUACAAAAGCCCCAGUUGUAAAAACGAUCAUGGAACGCCCGGAGAAAGGUUUGCCCAGUAGUAUUGUUAAUGAAGGAGCCGCAGGACGUGUUGCCUGGUUUGUUGAUGACGACGCAUUGACCGAUGUUUUCGUAACGAAAAAGAAGUACAAAUUUUUGGUCCACACUCAAGAACCCGAACGAGCUCACACCGAGAGCUAG